AUGAAGUCUACUCUCCUGCUCCUUCUGGCGCCGUUGGCAGCAUGGGCCGCGCCGGCCGACCUUUCCGAAAGACAGGCGGCGGACAGCAUCAACACGCUAUUCCAGGCGAAAGGGAAGAAGUACUUCGGGACAUGCACCGACCAGGGUCGCCUGACGAGCGGCAGCUCUGCCGCGGUCAUCCAAGCUGACUUUGGACAGGUCACACCGGAGAACAGUAUGAAGUGGGACGCGACUGAACCCAGCAAGGGCAGCUUCAACUUCGCCGGGGCUGACUACCUCGUCGACUGGGCCGUGCAGAACAACAAGGUCAUCCGGGGACACACGCUGUGCUGGCACUCGCAGCUGCCGAGCUGGGUCAGCAGCAUCACCGACAAGGCGACGCUCACCUCGGUGCUGCAGAACCACGUGACGACGCUGGUGACGCGGUACAAGGGCAAGGUCUACGCGUGGGACGUCGUCAACGAGAUCUUCAACGAGGACGGGUCGAUGCGGUCGUCGGUCUUUUACAACGUCCUCGGCGAGGACUUUGUGCGCAUCGCCUUCGAGGCUGCGCGCGCCGCCGAUCCUGAUGUUAAGCUCUACAUCAACGACUACAAUUUGGAUCAGCCGACUGCCGCAAAGUUGACCACCGGCAUGGUCGCCCACGUCAAGAAGUGGAUCGCCGCCGGCGUCCCCAUCGACGGCAUCGGCUCGCAGGCCCAUCUGACCGCCGGCCUGGCCUCGCAGGCCGCCGCCUCGAUAAAGGCACUUGCCGCGUCUGGUGUUAGCGAGGUCGCAUUCACCGAGGUCGACAUCGUGAACGCCGCGGCGGCCGACUACGUUGCCGUCACCAAUGCCUGCUUGGGCGAGCCCAAGUGCAUCGGCAUAACGGUCUGGGGUGUUCGGGACCCGGAUUCCUGGAGGGCGAGCUCGAACCCCCUGCUGUUCGAUAGCAACUUCAGCCCCAAGGCUGCGUACACGGCCAUUGUCAACGCUCUUAAGUAG